CGGAUCGACUGUCUUGAUCCGAUCUGGCCCCGUGACAAAGGGAGACUUUCUGAACACAAGUAUUUUCAAAUAUCUUCUGAGUCACAGUUAGUCUCAUCCGUCCAGGAGCUGAACCUACCGAGCAGAUGAUCAGUUGCGCUCGAAGUGCCGCUGAAGAAAAGCGCCUGAUGGACAAUGCUCGUAAUCUGUGGAGAAAUAUAUUUACAGUCGCCGUUUGAACCCUGAAAGAAAGUCUGCGUGGGUUUCUAAUGAAGCGCUCUGUGACCAUCACACAGCAUCAUUAAUUUAUUUUUCAAAGCUCUGUGAAAGCCUUUUUUCCUCCUUUUCUUCUCGGCGCUCCGGAGGAGCGCAGCGCUGAAGUGGACCUUCUGUUGUUUGCCAAAGUGCUUUAGCUGUCCAGCUCAUCUGUUCCUGGCGAAUUGAAGACAAAAAGAAAGAAAAGGUGCACCAAACCACAGGGACAGAUCUUAAAUGUUCGGGAUCCAGGAGCAACUGAUACGAGAAGUGAGCGGAUUAAAAGAUAGAAGUCUUGGAGAAGAGAUGGAUCCAGUCCGGUCUUGGGUGCGUAACGUCGGGGUCGUGGAUGCGAACGUUGCAGCGCAAAGUGGAGUGGCUCUGUCAAGAGCUCAUUUUGAGAAGCAGCCGCCCUCAAAUCUCCGCAAGUCCAACUUCUUCCACUUUGUCCUGGCGCUAUAUGACAGACAUGGCCAACCUGUGGAGGUGGAGAGGACAGCCUUUGUGGAUUUUGUUGAGCAUGACAAGGAGCAGACGGGAGAAAAAACCAAUAACGGCACUCACUACAAGCUACAGCUUCUCUACAGCAAUGGUGUUCGUACCGAACAAGAUCUAUAUGCACGGCUCAUUGACUCUGUCACCAAACAGGCCAUAUCAUACGAGGGACAGAACAAAAAUCCAGAAAUGUGCAGAGUUCUGCUCACACAUGAGGUUAUGUGCAGCCGCUGUUGUGAGAAGAAGAGUUGUGGGAAUCGAAAUGAGACGCCCUCUGAUCCAGUCAUCAUUGACAGAUUUUUCCUGAAGUUCUUCCUGAAAUGUAACCAGAAUUGUCUGAAGACAGCAGGAAACCCGAGGGACAUGAGGAGAUUUCAGGUGGUCUUGUGCAGCACUGUGAGCGUAGACGGCCACGUCCUAGCGGUGUCUGACAACAUGUUUGUCCACAACAACUCAAAACACGGCCGGAGAGCUCGCAGACUGGAGCCAGGAGAGUCUGUGGAGAAUAGUAUGGAAUAUGCUACUCCAUGUAUCAAAGCCAUCAGUCCCAGUGAGGGCUGGACCACCGGCGGGGCCAUGGUCAUAGUCAUUGGGGAGAACUUCUUCGAUGGGCUGCAGGUGGUGUUUGGAAGCAUGUUAGUGUGGAGUGAGCUGAUCACUCCACACGCUAUCCGUGUCCAGACGCCUCCUCGCCACAUCCCUGGGGUCGUAGAGGUCACAUUGUCUUACAAAUCAAAGCAAUUCUGUAAAGGAGCACCUGGACGCUUUAUCUACACAGCCCUUAAUGAACCAACUAUAGACUACGGCUUUCAGCGUCUUCAGAAGGUAAUCCCUCGACAUCCUGGUGACCCAGAGAAACUAGCCAAGGAGAUUCUCUUGAAAAGAGCAGCAGAUCUUGUGGAAGCUCUGUAUGGAAAUCCACAUAGUAAUCAGGACAUGCUGCUGAAACGUGCAGCCGACAUUGCCGAAGCACUGUACAGUGUUCCCCGUCCUCACAGUCAGCUACAGGCACUACCCAGCUCACCAGCACACGGCAGCGUAAUGGGCCUGGGCUCCUACCCCUCCCAGUUAGGUGUUAGCAUUGGAGACCCAGGGCAGAGCAGCCAAGGUUAUAUUCGGAAUUCUAGCAGUCUGUCUCCAAGGGGUUACCCAUCAGCCUCCACUCCCCAGCAGUCAGGCUACGGGAGUGGGGGAAUGACCGGAGGCUACGGGACAGUUCCCAUGACUAGCCUAGGAGUCCCUGGAUCUCCUGGCUUCAACAGUGCCUCUCCCACAAGCUCUCCCUACAUAAUGCCCUCCAGCCCCACCAUACCAGGAAGCUCCAGCUCCUCAUCGUCUCUAUUGCCUUUCUCCUCCUUCCCCUCUGCUGCUAAACAGAAGAGUGCUUUUGCUCCCGUCCUCAGGCCCCAAGGCUCUCCCUCCCCUGCCUGUCCCGCUUCAGGGGGGAACAGCUUCAGAGGUAGUCAUCCAACUCACUAUCUGACCCCGCUGUCUGAACUCACGAAUGCAGUCUAACCCCUUGUACUAACAAACUCCAAAGCUGUGACUGAUCAAGACAGAAAACACUUGCUGGAUGUACAAUAACAAAAACCUGACUGAUUAGAAUCAUAGAUUUUGUAUAUGUUUUUCUCUCCAGCGAUGACGGGCCUGGUUGUUCCCCCGAUGUAGCAAAGCACUCUGCCCCAGACCACUGCUUCACUUAGCCCCUCUUUUGGCACUGAGGGGGCAGGGAGAAAGGAAAAUUGAUCACUAGCGACCAUGUAUAAUGUUUCUCCCUGAUCCGCCCACCAUCUCUUAGUCCCUUUUUCAUCCACUUGGAUGAACAGAGCGGGGAAUGAAUAUAUCCAAAGACCAGCCAUCUUCUCCAGAUGCAGAGAACAACAUUCAACCCACAACUCCAAACAGACUACUUCUUAGUAAACAGCACCCGACUGGACUGUAAACCACUGUAUGCGCAUGUCUAUUGAAGCACCUGAAAGAAUACAGUGAUAAGCUCCUUCUAAAUUCACCUCAAGCUUCAAAAGGAUCCGUAUUGGUCUACUAUCUCAUGCAGUAUUCAGCUCUUGUGACACUUUUGUAAACCGUGGUCAGACUUACAGGAUCCGCUGUGAGAGCGCUGAGCAUUGACAGAUGACGGACAACGGCUCUAGUAAGGAGGGUGCUAUUUUGUCUGUUAUGGACACCUUAAAUGGCAUGUGUGUACACUGUCUGUGAACUAGCAAGAGGUUUUUUUGUAGUAGACUUUUUGAAGACAAUUUACAUUCCAGAAAAAUAGUCCCUUUAUUUUUUUGUUCUGAUCUCUGGUUUUACAAAGGAGAAAUCUUUGUCCCAUGGGUUAUUACUAAAGCAAGUCAUAUAUUGAUUUAUUUAAGAACAAGCAAUUUAACUUAUUAUAGUUAGUUUAGAAAAUAAUAUAAAUGUGUUUUAUAAAAUGAUCAUUUUUCCACCUGUUAUUGAAAUAAAGUUAUCUCAGCAGUCAUCCAUUAUUUUGAUAAUGAUUCAUGGGGAAAGGACUUUCUUAGUGAACUUUUUUUUUCUUUCAAUGAAACAUUUUCAUUUCCAGUUUCUGGUAUAACAAAAUAUAUAUUUUAUGUCCACAAUUAAAUAAGGGUAUUGGCCCCUGUGUAAAGGAACAUGUUAGUUAGCCUUAUCCUUUUUAGUUUCAAGUAAAAUGCAUGCUUUGUACACCAAUGCCCUGCCUUUCUCAUCCCACUUUGCAAAUUUGAACUUGUAUAAUUAGUUAUAGAUUUAGCCGUUUCAUUUUCAAUAUCAAAUCCCAGUAAAAUAACUAAAGUUACUAUGCAGUACAGUUAAAACAAGCACAACAGCUUAAACGAGAAGAACCAUGCUCAUUGUGUGAACAUUAACCUCCUGUUGUUACUGCCAUUAUUGUUUUAUAAUAAUAAUAUUAAUAAUAACAAUAAUAAUGAUAAUUAUAAUAAUAAUAAUAAUAAUUUACUCAUCACAUCAUAAACUGCAUUCUCAGGACGUUGAAACAAAGAACACAAAGAGUAGGUGACAUGUGCAAAUUUGUUUUUUUAAAGUUUGGUUACUCCUAUUUAUUUAAAAAUUAUUAGCAAUUUAUUAUUAUGGUUUUGAAUCUUUCUUUAAAAUGACACAAAAUGGUGCAAAUGUGAUUUGUAAAUUUUAAGGUGUAAUUAUAUUU